AUGGAUGCCGAACAGAUCUGUCGGUUCUUGAUGAGUCGAGUCCGCGUGCCGGCAGCAAAGAGGGAUGACUGGGGGCAAAGCCCUCUGUUCUACGCAGCUAGACAAGGACACACAGAGCUUUGUGCUUAUUUCGUGGAGAAAUUGGGCAUGAGUGUCCAUCAAGCAGAUAAGUCGGGGGAUACGCCACUUUUCUACGCAAUGGAAGCAAAAAAGACCGACACGGUCAUUUACUUGCUCAGAAAGGGCGCGUCGCUCGGAGUCAACAACAAGAGCUUCGAGUCGCCAGAAAGCCUCGCACCGGUUGAGGUGGCUCGCGAGCUGCAGGCCCGGAUGAAGGAGUGGGUCGAACCAUUGAAGGCCUCGUCUCCGGAGAAGUCGGGAGACUCAAGAAAGCGGAAGAGGCCAGAAGAGGAGGAGGUUGAGGAGCAAGGAUCAGCCGCAGAGGGGCCUCAAGCCCUGCAGGAAUGGGUGGCACAGCCGGCGAAGUUGCCGAAGAAUUGGAGGACCCAGUUGGCUCGAGAGAAGCUAAGACGAGAACCGGCAGUCCUGGCAGAAAACACGAAGCACAAGGUGACGCUGGUCACCACCGACGCCCUGGAGGAGGUGCGAGGCCUGGAGAAAAUGCUCGUGGCUGACCAAGCCGGCCUCUUCAAGAAGAAGCUCUUCGUCCGGUCUUGCAGAGCAGCGGACUUCUGCUUGGCCUUGGGGGCCUACGUGGCUCGGGACAAAGAGACCGAGCAGAUCGUAGGAUUCCUGCACGCGGACAAAGGCGAGAAGGAGCUGCUGAUUGGGCACCUCAAGGUGCACAAUGACCAUCAGGGCAAAGGUGUGGGAAAACUGUUGAUGCAGGCUGCGGAGACGCAG